AGGAGGGUGGGAGGGGAGAUGGAAGAGGAGGGGGAAGGCGGAGAGAGAGCAGCCACAGAAGGAGAAGGAGGUGUGGUUAGGGAGGAGAAGGAUUAGGAGGAGGCGGGGGGAUGGAAUAGGAGAAGGGGCAGGAAGAGGAAGAGGAGGGACAGAGGCAGAUCAAGGCUGAGCAGCAGGAAGCACGCGGUCGAGCCCUCCGUGCAUUCGCAGCCCCCACCUGUGGGAUCAUCGCCCCCCAUGGCGCAGGAUUUCCCAUUGCCAGUUCUUGUGAGGCAGUGAGGAAGAGGAAGAUGUCCCUGGACACUGAGGCAGGUGAGGAGGAAGUCAGUGCCCCUUCCUCCCUCUCUCCUGCUCCAUCUCCCAGCCCAGCACAGCAGAACCUCGUGGCAGAGGCCGUUUUGAGCGGCUCCACGGCGCAGGAACCCAACAGGGAGGAAAAGCCCCGGAGAUGCCGCACGAGGAGGGGCUGCAAACGCAGAUGGCGGGGAUCUGAGGGGGAAAGAGCCAGCCUGGGCCGGGAAGGCGGACGGAGAUGGAGCCAGAGCUCGGAGCUGGUGGUCCGUGAGGAGGUUGCUGAUGGGGAGAAGCCUCACAAGUGCUUGGAGUGUGGGAAGAGCUUCAGGAGGAACUCCGAACUGAUCAGGCACCAGAGGAGCCACACUGGAGAAUGGCCCUACGAGUGUGAUCAGUGCAGGAAGAGGUUUCCGAGCAGCUCUGAUCUCCUCAGGCACCAGCGCACGCACACAGAGGAGAGGCCCUUCCGCUGCCCCGACUGCGGGCAGGGCUUCAGGCAGAACUCCCAUCUUGUCAAGCACCGGCACAUCCACACUGGGGAGAGGCCCCACGAGUGUGAGGAAUGUGGGAAGAGCUUCAGGCAGAGCUCCACCCUGAUCCAGCACCAGAGGAUCCACACUGGGGAAUGGCCCUACGAGUGUGGGGAGUGUGGGAAGAGAUUCAGACAUCUCUCCAGCCUGAUUGUCCACCAAAAGAUCCACACUGGGGAGAGGCCCUACGAAUGUUCCAAGUGUGGGAAGGGGUUUCGGAUCCGCUCCCAUCUCCUCCGGCACUAUCAGAGUCACACAGAGGAGAGGCCCUUCUGCUGCCCCGACUGCGGGAAGGGAUUCAGGCACAACUCCACCCUCGUCAGGCACCGGCGCAUCCACACCGGGGAGAGGCCCUACGAGUGUCCCCAGUGUGAGAAGAGCUUCUCCAGGAGCUCUCACUUGACCCAACACCAACAGAGGCACCGGUGAGGGAAGGCCUGCGAGUGCCCCGAGCGCGGGAAGAGCUUCGUGCGCUGCUCCAGCUCCAUCCCCCACUGCAGGAGCCAUGCUGGGCACAGCCCUGGUGACCCACAUUCCCUCUUGGGAACACACCUGGCUGCUUGUCCUUUUGGUUUGGCCUUGAUUUUCUUCUGAUUCAUCUUUAUCCCUUAAAAACAGCCCAAACUGGGUUAAAUGCAAGAAACUGAUUAAAAAUGUCUAUAGUCCCACCAUUGCAGAGGUGUUUGAGGAGCAAUUUAGGAUUUGGGGACACAUGCUGUGUGGAGUGCCCCUGUUGCUAAGAGGCAGGAAUUUGAUUUCACCCUUCUUGUGUUGCUAUGAACUCCUCCCUUGACCUAAACCCCAGCUCCACCUUUGGGAUAUCCUAUAAAACCCCCCCGGCCCUGCCUUCUCCCUGUCUUUUGGGGUAAGAAAUGGAUUCUGGAGCUUUCUGAAACCAAGACCCGUCUCGUUUGCUCCCGGCACCGGCAGCUGCAGCCUCCCUGGGCACCAUGGACUCUGGAGACUGGGGGCAGCCAGUGAGGGCAGGUCCUGGAUUGCAAGCUAAGUGUGUGUUCUGUUUGCCAUCUGUCAGAGGUGGGGCACUUAUCUUCUGUACAUUGGGCAGUUUAUCUCUUCCACAACCAAUCCUCCCUCCAGGAGAUAGCUUCUGUCAAUAAUUAUUAAUUACCUUCUGUUAAUGGGCCAUUGAGUGCUACUGCAUGGCUGAUAAAAUGACAUCAUGCCACUGGGAGAUGCUCUGCCCAGCGGGAGGAGCCAAGCAUUUCUUCCUGGAUAGAAUCUGAGUUUGGAACAUUGCAGCAGCCUUUUCCCACUGGAUUGCCAGAGGAUCAACCUUUUCCCACUGGAUUGCCAGAGGAUCAACCUUUUCCCACUGGAUUGCCAGAGGAAGACCAGGCCCUUCUACACCACCACUGCACCUUCAGAGGAAAACUCCACCCUUCUCCAGGAUCCCUGCUCCAACAGAGCCACACCUGUCACUGCAGGAGGGCUGCAGCCACCAUUCAAUGGGACUGCUGCCAACACCCUGACCCACAGGGUGUCAGGUUGUAUUCUGACUUUGUCAGUGGUUUUUUUUUUUUUUUCGGUUUGUGCUAUUGCAUUUAUAUUUUUCAUUUUUCCUAAAAAGGAACUCGUAUUUCCAUAGCUUUGCCUGAGAGCCCCUUAAGUCAGAAUUAUAGCAAUUCAGAGGGAGGGGGUUUAGUGUUUCCAUUUCAGGGGAGGUUCCUGCCUUCCUUAGCAGACACCUGGCUUUCCAAACCAAGACAGGACAGCACGACCGGCACCCCGUAAGUCACCCCCCGAUGGCCACACCUUGUGGGACCCCCAUCUUAAAGAGGAAGACCCAAGAGCACCAAUUCAAGAGGCCAGGUUUGAAACAUAAAUUUAAGGAAGUUAGACAUUUUAGAGGAGCUAAGAUUUUAGUUAGAGAUAAGCUUUAUUGGAGUUAAUGAAAAUAAACAGGUAGGUCUUGAUGAAGUUAAGAGUUAGUAAUUAACUAAUAACGGCUUGCUUGUCAACACAAUGUUUGGUUAGCUGGGUUUAUAAUGAAGAAUAUAGAAACUGACAGAUAGCUUUUAGGAACAUAAGACAAUUGUGGGCCUCCUGUGUUCUGAAACCAAUUGAAGACAGAGAAUGGGAGUUCUACCAAGGGUUCAUUUGUCAUAUUUGCAUUGAAAAGGUAGAAAGGUCAGAAUGAGGAAGACUUCAUUUACUUCCUCAUUUUGGGAUCCUCCCCAUGAAAGGGAUCCCGAUCCAUUUCAAAGAACACACUACGCAUGCUUAAUAGAUUUUGAACUAAUUAGCAUAUGAAACAGGGAAUGGGAUGUACCAAAAUUAUGAAUAUGUGUUUGUACUUUGGGUAUUCAGUAGUUGUAUGGAUGACAGGACUCUGUAAUCACCUGUAAAUUGCAGCGUGUAUUUGGGAGCUAUCCCACACGCCGCCCGGCAUCGCAAUAAACAUACACUUUCUAACUUUAAA